AAUAAAGAACGUUUCUAUUAUUCAAGUGCGCAACACUAACGAGCUACGUUACUUCUAUAAUUACUAUUCAGCCGACGCUGCUACAGCGAAAGGUUUAAAAAACAUAUUUCUUUUUAGUACUCAUUGUUCGUAACGGCGCUGCCUUCUUUUCGGCUAUUUUUGACCUCGCUUCGCUUCGCGCUUCGUCGCAUUAUAUUUAAAACUGGCGAGGAUACGAGGAUAUUCGUGGAGCUCGUCGUUGACACAUGUCCGUAGGACACAUUGUUCCAGAGAAGAUAAAGUGUUCAGUGAUAUUCCUUCCUUUUCCGUUAUCUGCGGAAGCGGGGCAUGGAGAGAAAGAAAUAAUAGCAUGCAGCUUUGGCGUGUUCGUUUUGCUACUGAUUCACAGAUUCACGUUUCCGACCUCAGCAUUAGUAUAGUGACAACAGUAGUCUAGUGCAGUGUUUAUUUUAACAAAUAUUCAAGUAGCUUGAUUUCGAAUAAAUUGUUUAACAAAACAGUGGCGAUGUCACAUCCGUCGCAGAAAACAACGAUGGACACGUUAACAGCGAGUAGCAAUGAAACUUUAACUACUUAUCCGCGAUUAAAAGUGAGCUCUUGUCAUAUUAUGAAAAAGCUCUUUUCAUUGAUACAGAGACAAGUCACAAUGAUACAAUUCAUCGCGGCGUUAAUAGUGAUCUGUAUUUUUACGUUGUUAAUACUGGCAAAUUUAGCGCAAAAGACACAGACCACGGAGACAAACAUAGAACCAGCCGCAUCGCCGAAAUAUGCAUCGCCAAAAUACGCAGCAAUCGCACAUGCUAUGGCGUCUGAAAUAAUACCGCAAGUAAUACUGUCACGGAAUCAGAUGGAGAAUAUCAGGAGAGAGUUAGAUGACAGGAGGCAACGAGUUAUGCGUCUAUGCAAGACUAUCGUUUCACGAAGAUCGCACUUGAAUACCACGUUGAUGAAUAUGAUUGUUGACACGGAGCACAAUGUGUCGUGGUGCCCGAUAUACAAAGCGGCGAGCUCUACGUGGAUGAAUUACUUCGCCGUGCUGAAAGGUACCCCGAUGGCUGUCACCAUGGAUCUAGUGCGCCGCAAUGUUGUGCAAAUCAGUGAUAUCGUGCGGCAGAAGUUUCAACCGGAUGCAGAUUUUAAUAAAACGUACGAGAGGGUAAGCAAAUCAAAAAAGUUUUUGAUCGUGCGACAUCCGCUUGAGCGUCUCUUGUCCGCGUACAGAGACAAGCUGGAGCAUAUGCAGGGCCGCGAGUAUUACUACAAACGUUUCGGCCGACGCAUCGCGCUCAAGUAUCGUCAAUCCAGCGACUCGACGAAAUUAGAACCGACAUUUGAAGAAUUUCUGCGAUUCAUAGCGAACGAGAAAUAUUUCGAUGAGCAUUGGGCGCCGUAUUAUCAUACUUGCAAUCCGUGCACGGUCAACUACGAUUAUAUUUUGAAAUUCGAAACGCUGGAAAGAGACCAGGCAUUCUUUAUCCAGGAUACCAAUCUGAGCGAAUAUCUCUACGAUAGGAACCAUUUGCGAAAUAUUAAUCCUUAUGGCGCGACCACCACGGAGACACUUCGCGAAUACAUCCAAGAAAUACCGCAAUCGCUUCUCAAAGAGAUUUACAAGGUAUACGAGAGUGAUUAUAAAUUGUUUGACUAUUCGUUCAUUUAACGCUAUCUAUUCCAAUAAUCAUUUACAUGGGCAGCUUAUAAUAGUUAACAUAUUGACGAUAGAUGUAAUAUCUAGAUAUACGAGAUUUCGAAACGAAAAUUUCGUCUCAAAUGAGAUACUUAUUUUUCUAAAAAGUAGAAAGAAGCAUGAUAAAAACAUGCAAAAUCAUAAUACUUAAAGAAAUUGUGUAUGUGUGUGUUAGUCCGUUUUUAUUAUUGUAUAUAACGCUUUAAAAAUGCGGAGUAAAUUAAGAGUUCGACUUACCCGUCGAAAUCGGAGCAUGAUGCAAUACUGCAAUGAUAUACAACUGCAAUAUUAAUUGCGGUGCAGCUCCCAUGAACGAUUCGAAUAAAUGCAACAUGCAAAUGUC